UCUUUGGUUCGAGGCAAAGAACCACUUGCUUUCGCACUUCUUCAGAAUUUAAAUUGAAAAAACAAAUCAGAACAAAACAAAAAACGAGUCGUUUUGGAAGGACUAUUGCUCAUUCGAUUUUAAAUACUAAUUUCAUAGUAAGUUGUUUUUGUUAUGUAAGGUAGCCUACGGCGUUAGGGUAAUAAGUUGAUAGCACUGCCAAACCUAUCUUCAUUUGCUGACAUAGUAAUAAUACCCAUGCGUUAGCCGAUCGCUAAAUCUCGCUUAAUUAUUUGUAGAAAUACUUUUGGACUCUUCUUUAUAUCGCUUAGCCUACAGGCUAAACAGCUGUAGCAGGUUAGGCUACUGGAUGGUCUCUGGGUGACCAGGUCGACUGACUGUGAAGCUGUUGUGAACCCAAACGGCUCUGUCAUGAUGGUGAGCUAUCUACUGCUGUCUGUUUACAUCUUCACCUUCAUACUGGGGGUCCCUGCCAACAUCUUCAUCUUCCGCACCUUCUGCAUCAAGCUACGUCACGAGCCGAUCCCUAUAGACGUCCUCCUGUUUAUCCUCUCAAUCUCUGACCUCAUCUUCCUCACCAUCCUGCCCCUGAAGAUGAAGGAGGCCGCAGACGACAUGGAGUGGAACAUGCCGUAUGUUCUGUGCCCAGUCUCCAACAUCAUCUUCUUCUCCGGCAUCUACACAAUCACAUUGCUCCUGACAGCGGUGGCUGUGGAACGCUAUGUUGCCAUGACUUUCCCUUUUAAACACACAGCGUGGCACAGGCACCGCUACGUUGUGAUACCAAGUGUCUUCUUUUGGCUGGUGUCCAUUGCCAACAUAAGCAUCAUUUACAUUGUGCCCAUCAUGCACUCAGACAAUGUGACCAGCACAGUCACUCCAGAGGUCCCCAGAAAACCCAUGAAGUGCCAUGAUUACCGAUACGAGCAGCAUACAAUUGUAAAAGCUGUGCACCUUGAACUCUUCCUGGUGCUCUUCCUCAUCCCUCUCCUAAUCUGUUGCUUCUGCUACAUCAACUUCCUUCGCAUUACGUUCCAGCUGCGCAACGUUCCCCGUAAGCGUCGUCUGAGGGCCGUGGGCCUGGUGGUGGUCACCUUCCUACUGUUUGCCAUCUGCUUUGCUCCAUACAACAUCUCCCACGUGGUGGGCUAUGUGCACGGUAGGGAGGAAGGUUGGAGAGACGUGGUACUCAUCUCCACCACGCUCACUGCAUGCCUAGACCUCAUGAUCUUCUACUUCUCCCCCACGAUGCGUCGGGCUGUCAGCUGCUGCUGGCAUGGUCUUGUGGAGAAGCUACCUAUCCAGCACUGCCCCCGAGCUCAAGCUGCCCCACCCCCCCAUAACUCCUGCAAGAACACAUACCAAGACACAUACUAGCUUAAUCUCACUAACCCUAACACUUUAAGGUAUUGUUAGUGAUACUGGAGAAAGAUUGUUGAACUUAACAAGCAAACAAAUGGACCCCUCCCUUACAGUGCUCUGUUUAUGCAUGUGCAUUAACGCCAGUUUAGUUAGUUUGUGAACGCCGAUAUGGCAGUUGUCUACAUAUAUCCCACCCUUUCCACGGCAAAACGUCGACAUGUGAAUACAUUGAGCCA